CAUGACACCACCGAUCUGUCGUGAACCGUUGGUGUUUAUCCUUUUUUGCGGCGGUAGGCCGCCCCUUGCCGGUAAACGGGGCAGGACCGUGUGGAAGUCGCCCAGCGGCCGUUUGCAGACCGCGGUAUCCCGCUGUAGCCCCGUGUAGCCCGGUCGGUUCCGCCGUCGCUCACAAGUUACGAUCAGCCCGCUCUGCCGGCCUCCAUGGACCCCAACCGAAUCAUACAGGCCUUGAAAGGCACCAUAGACCCGAACCUGAGGAUAGCGGCCGAGAAUGAGCUGAACCAGUCCUACAAGAUUAUCAACUUUGCUCCAACUCUGCUGCAGAUCAUCGUGUCGGACCAGGUGGAGUUUCCUGUCCGGCAGGCAGCUGCCAUCUACCUGAAGAACAUGGUGAGCCAGUACUGGCAGGACCGGGAGCCCUCUUUGGGGGAGGUCGUCUUCCCCUUUAACAUCCAUGAGAAUGACCGUGGCCAGAUCCGAGAGAACAUGGUGGAGGCCAUUAUUCAGUGCCCUGAGUCCAUACGAGCCCAGCUGACUGUCUGCUUGCGUACUAUCAUAAAGCAUGAUUUCCCUGGCCGCUGGACCGGCAUCGUAGAUAAGAUCAGCCUGUACCUGCAGUCGCAGAAUAGUGGGAGCUGGUACGGUAGCCUCCUCGCGCUCUAUCAGCUCGUCAAGACCUAUGAAUUCAGAAAGGCGGAGGAGAGGGCUCCACUGCUGGCCGCUAUGCAGCUCUUCUUGCCCCGCAUCCAGCAGCUCAUCACCCAGCUGCUGCCCGAUGCCACGGUCUUCUCUGUACUCAUCCAGAAGCAGAUCCUCAAGAUAUUCCACGCACUUGUGCAAUAUUCCCUGCCUCUCCAGCUGCUUAAUAACACAGUUAUGACCCAGUGGAUGGAGAUCCUAAGAGCAGUCGUGGAUCGGGAUGUCCCCCCAGAGACUCUAGAAGUGGAUGAAGACGAUCGGCCAGAAUUAAUUUGGUGGAAGUGCAAGAAAUGGGCUCUACACAUCAUCACCAGACUGUUUGAGAGGUAUGGAAGCCCAGGCAAUGUAACAAAGGAAUACUUCGAGUUUGCGGAUUUCUUUCUGAAGACGUACACUGUUGGAAUUCAGCAGGUCUUGUUAAAGGUGGUCGAGCUGCACAGGCAGAAACAGUACGUGAGUCCACGCGUGCUACAGCAGACUCUGAACUACCUGACCCAGAGCGUCUCUCACUCCAUCACGUGGAAGCAGAUGAAGCCACACAUGCAGACCAUCACUCAGGAGGUGGUGUUUCCUCUGAUGUGCUAUAAGGAUGAGGAUGAAAAGCUGUGGCAGGAAGAUCCAUACGAGUACAUUCGCAUGAAAUUCAAUAUGUUUGAUGACCACGUGUUUCCCGCAACUGCGGCCCAGACUCUACUAUGCAAAGCGUCCAGGAUGAGGAAGGAGGUCCUUCCUCAGAUGAUGGAGUUCUGCCAUCACAUUUUGAUGGACCCCAACGCUGACCCCCGCAGGAAGGAUGGGGCACUGCAUGUCAUUGGAGCCUUAGCUGACCCAUUGCUAAAGAAGCGAGUAUACAGAGAUCAGAUGGAGCUCAUGUUACAGAAUUAUGUGUUUCCUCUGCUCAACUCGAACCUGGGUUACCUGCGGGCCAGGUCCUGCUGGGUUCUGCACUGUUUCAGCCCUCUGAAGUUCCACAAUGAGCUGGUCCUGAGAAACGCUGUGGAGCUGGUCAAACAAGACCUCAUUGCUGACCAGGAGAUGCCCGUCAAAGUGGAAGCAGCCAUUGCUCUGCAGACUCUGGUCAGCAACCAGGAACAAGCUAAGAUCUACAUCAGGCCGUUCAUCAGACCUGUCAUGCAGGAACUGCUGCACGUCAUCAAGGAGACGGAGAACGAUGAUCUCACGAGUGUCAUUCAGAAGAUGAUUUGCGAAUACAACCAAGAAGUGGCAGUGAUUGCAGUGGACAUGACUCAGAACCUGGCAGAGAUCUUCAGCAAGGUUCUGCAGAGUGAGGAGUAUGAGGAGAGUGAAGAUAAGACGGUGAUGGCACUGGGCAUUCUCAGCACCAUAGAUACCAUUCUCACCGUCAUGGAGGACCACAAAGAGAUAACUCAGCAGCUGGAGGGAAUCUGCCUGCAGGUGAUUGGUCUGGUGCUCCAGAAGCCCAUCAUAGGUAUGGCAGAGUUCUAUGAGGAGAUUCUGUCACUGGCCUUUGGUCUCACCUGCCAGACUAUCUCCCCUCAGAUGUGGCAGCUGCUGGGGGUGCUUUAUGACGUCUUCCAGCACGACUGCUUCGACUAUUUCACAGAUAUGAUGCCUCUUUUGCAUAAUUACGUAACUGUGGACACGGACACCUUACUCUCCAAUCCCAAACACUUGGAGGUCAUUUACACCAUGUGCAAAAAGGUCCUAACAAGCGAUGCAGGGGAGGAUGCAGAGUGCCAUGCUGCCAAACUCCUGGAGGUCAUCAUUUUACAGUGUCGUGGCCGGGGCAUUGACCAGUGUAUCCCACUAUUUGUGGAAGCGGUGUUGGAGCGGCUGACGCGGGGUGUAAAGUCGACAGAGCUACGCACCAUGUGUCUGCAGGUGGCUAUCGCUGCACUGUACUAUAGCCCUUCACUGCUAAUGCACACACUGGAGAACAUCCGCUUCCCUCACAGCCCCGAGCCCAUUACUGCCCAGUUCAUCAACCAGUGGAUGAACGACACAGAGUUCUUCCUCGGGCUGCACGACCGUAAGAUGUGCAUCAUCGGCCUGAGUCUGCUCAUGGAGCUGUCUAGCAGGCCGGCGGUUUUGGAAGGUGUGGCCAGUCAGAUCAUUCCCUCCAUCUUGCUCCUUUUCUUGGGUCUCAAACACAUCUAUGCCUCCCGGGUCCUAAACAAGCCCGAGCAGCUCUCCAGGGUGCAGGGCGCCGAUGAAGAUGAGAACGAGGAGAUUCCAAGUGAUGAGGAUGAGGUGGGAGAGAAGAGUUCCAGCAUGCAGCCAGCCAGUGCUUCCAGUGGCAAUGACAACGAAGAUGAAGAUGAUGAUGAUGACGAUGAUGAUUACUGGGGUGAAGAAGGUCUGGAGGGCACCGCCUUGGAGGAAUACAGUACACCACUGGACUACGAUAACGGAGAGGACGAGUAUCAGUUCUUUUCUGCCUCCCUGCUUCGAGUGCAGAGCUCAGACGUGAGCUGGUAUCAGUCUCUGACACAGUGUCUGAGUGACGAUCAGAAGAAACAGCUGCAGGAGAUCUACAGCCUGGCCCAGCAGAGGAGGAGUGCAGCAGGCAAAGGCCUGUGAGAUCUAUACUGUUCUUUGUGGGAGGUGCCACAGUGGUAGGACGGAGAAAAGACUCUGGGUUUGGAUCUGCAACGGUUUCAACCCUGGAACUGAUCCCCACUUUACAUGGAUGCACCUGAGCAAGAACCUCCACCGGGGAGAGAGAGAGAAAGAGAGAGAGAGAGAGAGAGAGAGAGAGAGAGCCAUUUCAACCAAGACGAGAGGGGAUUUUGGGGAGGGAGGGGGAACGAGCCAGGACCCAAAGCAGCCUGUCCAGAUCCAGAACCCUAGAAGGACCACUGAGACACUUAAUCGUCUGGAUAGAGAGGCCUUGUGCCAGCAAGGCUGACGAGGUUGCUCUGGGUCUGCUACAGCCUGAAUGAGUCACAAAUGCAGUAUUGCUGUGUGAGUGACAAACAGCCGUGUGUGUGUGUGUGUGUGUGUGUGUGUGUGUGUCUGCGCAUGCGUGCAAGUGUGUGUCUGCGCAUGCGUGCAAGUGUGUCUGAGCAACUAAAUCUCUUUCCAUAUUUAAGAAAAAAAGAAUGAAGUGCUGCAGGGGAAACGUAUGAAAAGACAGGUGCUCCGUGGGCAUGAAUGAUACAGAUUCAAAGAAAGGGUUUCACAUUAGUUGUUAAGUAAUUCAUGUGCAUCCUAUAAAAUAUAAACAAUAGCUAGACCUGUCACAGGCCUGAAAUUUUAGCUGGCAGACACCAUUUCAGUAAUUGUUAUUAACAACAUAGUUAUCUUUCUUGGUUAACUGUACUGAAGUGCAAGCUUAAGGUGCCCAAAUGAUGAGCUGUCCUGCUUUCCAGCUGUUGAUGCUUUCAGACAACUGAUAGAGCUUCAGUUCAGAUAAACAAACAUUGCUCACUACUGCCCUCUACAGGUAUUACUAGCAAACAUCAAAUAAACAAACGUUACUCACCGCCGCCCUCUAAAGGUGUUAUUAAACAUCAAAUAUACAAACAUUACUCACAGCCGCCCUCUAAAGGUGUUAUUA